AUGUUCUGCAUAUUGACUAAUUGCGUAUUAAUAGCAUUAUUUUUAAUUAAUAUCGUGCAAAGUGACUGUAAUACUUCUAAUCUAGAAUUUCAAAUAUUCAAAAAAGGCUUUAGGGCCUUGUUGGUUGAUCAACAAGGCAUUGAAAAGUUUGAAUUUCACGUAGAAAUCAAUAAAAACGUCAUCGAAAAUGGACAAGUGACCAAAAAAUGUGGCAACUAUUGGGUGUUUGAACAAAAAGAUGUUGAACUAAAAAUAGGAGACACAAUCUCUUAUUGGGCCAUUUUUACUAAAAACAAAUUAGGAUUUAUAAUUAGUAAACAAAGCUUCAUUAUUAAUGAAAUAUCUGAUUGGGAACCAUUGAAUUGCCUUAAACAAGCAGACAUAUUGCCAAAAGUUGAAACAUCCGUAUGUUGUCAACUCUACCUCAACGUUUCCUAUAGGAUUGUCGAAUUAGCAGAGGAAAAUAUACAACUACAAAACGAAAAUAAAAUCCUCACGGAAUUGCUUCAAAGAGACGAUUACAAUGCAAGGACUUUGAAAGUAUUCGGCCGAUACUCACUAAAAAUCUAUUCGACUGCAAAAUCGUUUGUUCAAAGUUUAAUUGAAGAUAAACUAAAUUUAAAAGAUGUUAAAGUAGUUGAAGCUAAAACUAUUCCUCAAGAUGGAGUUAUUUUCAAAGUGGAAAGCUCCAAGGAUAAAGUUAGAGUCAUUUUGGCUGCUCAAAAAGGAUUGGAUGGGUCAAAUUACGAAAUAAAUUGGUAA